CCUUUGUGUGUCUGGGCCAGUCUGGAAGACCUACUGCAGUGUCAUUGAGCUUCAGAGCUAACACUCCCUCUUUAAAUUAUAUUUUGCAGACAUGGUUAUGUCAUUACCUGUGGGCGUAAGUGCACAGGUGGGCUCUACCAAUUACAUUUUCAAAGAAUCACAGAAUGGUUUGGGUUGGGAGGGACCUUAAAGCCCACCCAGUUCCAGCCCCCUGCUAUGAGCAGGGCUGCCACCCACUGGAUCAGGCUGCCCAGGGCCCCAUCCAACCUGGCCUUGAGUGCCUCCAGGGAUGGGGCACCACAGCUUCUCUGGGCAGCUGUGCCAGGGCCUCACUGCUCUCUGAGCAAACAAUUUCCCCCUAACACCUAACCCAAAUUUCCUGUUUUAGGAAAUUUAGCUUGUCCCACCACUGCCUGCCUGUGUAAAAAGUCACUCUCGCUUGCUUAUAAGCUCCCUUCAAGUACUGGAAGGCUGCAAUGGAGUACCCCCACAGCCCUGUCUUCCCCACGCUGAACAAGCCCGGCUCCCUCAGCCUUUCUUCACAAAAGAGAUGCUCCAGCCCUCUGAUCAUCUUUGCUGCCCCCCUCUGGACGCGCUCCAACAGCUCUGCAUCCUUCUCGUGCCGGGGGCCCCAGACCUGGACGCUGUACUCCAGAUGGAGCCCCACGCGAGGACAGAGCAGAGAAGCACACCCUCCUCCCUGCCGGCCACCCCGUGUUGACGCAGCCCAUGAUACCGUCGGCCUUCCGGACCAUCAGCACGUCACUACCUCCCGCCGUCACGUACGGCGGCGAGUGGGCGGACAGCCAAUGGCGGACGGCGCUGCGAGGAGGCCCCGCCCAGGCAGCCGGCGCGGGGCGGACGCUACAGGGACGGCGCGGUGGGGCCGGGCCGAGUGCUGGGCGAUGGAGGCGGGCGAGGAUCGCGUGCUGUACUUCGCGUACGGCAGCAAUCUGCUGCGGGAGCGGCUGCUGCUGCGCAACCCCUCGGCGGCGCUCUACUCCCGGGGCCGCCUGCAGGAUUUUAAGCUCACUUUUGGCCAUCAUCAAGGCAGGACAAGUUCUAUCUGGCAUGGAGGUACAGCUACCAUUGUUCAGAGCCCUGGAGACGAAGUGUGGGGAAUAGUGUGGAAAUUGAACGCUAGCAAUAUAAGUUCACUGGAUGAGCAAGAGGGAGUUGAAGAUGGCAUUUAUGUCCCAAUAGAAGUUAAUGUCCACACCGAAGAAGGAAAGGUUCUGACCUGUCGAAGCUACCAGAUGAAGGACUAUGUUUGUGGUCCCCCUUCUCCCCAGUAUAAGAAGGUUAUCUGCAUGGGUGCAAAACAGAAUGGCUUGCCAACUGAGUAUCAGAAGAAAUUAGAAGCUAUUGAAACUAAUAACUAUGCAGGACCAGUGCCGAUCCUAGAAGAAAUUGAAGCUACUAUUAAAGCAAACAAAAUAAAUUUUGCAUAGAAUAAUUCUGUGCUUGCUUGGCCAUUCACCUUGAGUUAGAUCCUUUUCCUCACUGUGCUGAUCAACGGUUUCUUUAUUUAUCAAGAAAAGAUGAGUUUGCUGUACAUGUAUAGUAAACCAUUAGACAUAAUUUGCAGUCUGGAGACACACUGCCAUUGACAACUUCUUCACUUUGUAUUUAUAGCUUAAGCACAUGCAGAUUUGUAAAUUAGCUUUCUGUAAUUCUUAUGCAGCUCUGCACGCAAAUUUGUACUUUCUGUCCUGUUUACAGACCUUUUUGAAAGAAAAGGCCCAUUUUGCUAGCUGUUUGCUUUUGUUACCCUCUGAGGAAUAAGGGCUGCAGGAUCAGGCCCUUUGUUCAUAAAUGCAUACACAACUGUAAAGAUUUUCAAAGAUUUCUUAGAGUCGAGUCUACUCUGCACUCUAAAGCUAUACUGAACUUUUUUCUCUGUUGCUUCUCACAAAGGCUUAUGCCCAACCUUUCUGAAACUGUGGUGUUACUGUUUCCAUGUAUAUAGUUAACAAAAGAGAAAUAUUUUUAACUAUUUCCACGUUUUAAAGUGUUAACCUGAAAGGGGACUCAGGCUUGAAAACAGCAUUCAGCAAAGAAUCUUACUCGAAGUAUAACAGCCUCCCCUUUUCUAAUCAUCAGCGUAGCUGAACUACUUAAGUACAACCAACAGAUUCUAAAUAAUCAUUUUUGGAUAAUUCUGUGGUUUUUAACUACUUCUUCAACUGUCUUAUUGUUCAUCUAGGACUUGCUGAUCUCACUGUACUUCAGACCAAAACUCCUGUGAGUUAAUCCUAAUGCAUCUGUGCCAUAGCUUUGUCUAUUAAACCACAGAUGAACAGACGUUGCUUUUUUUCUCACAGCAUUGACAAUCUCCUGCAAAACUGUUGGCACUUGUAAGGUUUACAGUACUUGUACAGUAUUUCACAGUCUAUGGUACGUGGCAGCCCUUUGUCUGAGGAUGACAAAGGAAAACUGGCAACCUGUAUGAUGUGAAGCUACUGAACUUCGGCUUCUCUUCUGUGCCGUAAGAUACAAUCAGUGUCACCAUGUGACAGCUUAGAUGGAAAAAAUGAAAAAGUGGCAAAUUUACCGUGUCUUCUCUCUGUAUUUCUUCACUCCUGUGGACUUCUGCCAGGGAUGUGUGCAGUUGCUGUCCUGAUGUCGUGUACAACACAGGGGCUGUUCCUAAAGCUGGGCCACAAAUGCAGUAAAACACGGUACUUUUUGUAUUAGCAUUGUCUGGUCUGAACCUGAGUAAGUAAAAAUGCAGUUACCAAA